AUGCAAUUCGAAUUAAACAGCUCAACUCCGCCCUACCCCUACUCAGCCAGGCCUAAAAUAUUUUUCACCCCCACCCCCGCACCCAUCGUUUGGCGAAAGCUCUUCCCGCACAACACUUACCCUCUACACCGUCUGGCGCACCUGAUUUUAAACACCUUUCUUUCUUUCUUUUUCUUCUUUCUUUCUUUCUUUCUUAGGCUGUUUCUAUAUCUAUCUAUCUAUCUAUCUAUCUCAGUUUCUUUCUUUUUCUUUCUUUUUCUUUCUUUCUUUCUUAGACUGUUUCUAUGUCUAUCUAUCUCAGUCUCUUUAGUUCUUAGGUUGUUUCCAUCUAUCUAUCUAUCUAUCUAUCUAUCUAUCUAUCUAUCUAUCUAUCAUCUAUCUAUCUAUUCUAUCAUCCUUUUAGAUCUAUCUAUCUAUCUAUCUAUCUAUCUAUCUAUCUAUGUCAGUCCUUUUAGAUCUAUCUAUCUAUCUAUCUAUCUAUCUAUCUAUCUAUCUAUCUAUCUAUCUAUCUAUCUAUCUAUCUAUCUCAGUUGUUUUCUUUCUUUCUCUCUUUUUCUCACUGAAACUAUGUCUGUCUUCUUUCUCUGUUCCCCUGCUUCGACAAUGCCAGGGGCAUUCGAUGUAUGCACAUCACUCUUUUUUCUUGCGAUUCGAGCAUGUUCUCUCAUAGCAGCUGUCUGCCAUUCCCUCGGCACCCUGACAACAUCACGGGUGAAGUCUUCAUAG